UAUGUGCUACCACUACACACUGAACUACCAGAGAAGAAAUAUUUCACCUAUAAUCCUGGUCAAUUAAAUGAUUUAAUAUAUCGGCAAAAAUGAAAGAAAUUACAUUUUAUUAUGAUAUCGUGUGUCCGUUUGCUUAUGUCGCUAGCCGUUUGAUUGAACGUUUAGCUGAAAGGAAUGCUGCAACUAUACGUUGGAUACCAGUGCUACUUGGUGGUUUAUACAAGGAAAAUCAUUCACAAUCACCUAUGCUGACUAGUGGUGAUGCUAAGAAAAAAGUAAUGAGUGAGGAUAUGAAAAGAUUAUUUAGUCGUUACAAUGUGACAAUCAAUGCUCCUAUAUCACCUACAAUGAAUUGUCUGUCUGCAAUGAGGCUACUGGCUGCCACGCCCGAUAGCAGUACCACAAAUAUAAGACAGGAAUUGAGUCAUGCCUUCUUUUCUUCACACUGGGUUGAAAGUAAAGACAUAACAAGUAGUGAUGUACUCCAAACUAUGAGCAAUGCUGUUGGUUGGAAUGUUGAUGUGGAAAAAAUAAUUGAACAGAGAGGAAAAACAUUAUUAUGGGAGAAUACAAAAGAAGCUUUAGAUAAUGGUGCUUUUGGUGUACCUAGCUUUCUUGUAAAUGAAAAGUUGUUUUGGGGUGUGGACAGCAUGCAUUUUGUGGAAAAAGAACUGGGAAAUGUCAAUGCUGCUCCACUAAGACUGGUGCAACCACCAUCAUCACAACAUUCAGCAACUCUCACUAUCUACUAUGAUUUGUCAAGUCCUUGGAGCUUUAUAGGAUCUACACAGAUCGCCAAUUUGAUAAGCAGUUUGAAACCAGUCAACAUUAAAGUGGAAUAUGUUCCUAUUGUCGUUGGAUCCCUAUUUAAACAGAUUGGCACACCAGUUGUGCCAAUGAGGCAUUUGAGCCCAGCCAAACUGGCGUAUCUGACGAAAAGUUUGCACGAUUGGUGCGACUACCAUGGCAUAACAGGUUUUCGGUUCCCAUCAAAUUUUCCAUUAAGGACAGUUCUUCCAAUGCGUGUUUUACUGGCAAGUGAUGACUCGGAUCGCGAAAGGCUGCUAGCCAUUCUUUACAAGGCAGCUUGGGUUGAUGACAAAAAUAUUGGCGAUGAAGAGAUUGUACGAGAGAUAUUACAAAGUGCUGGUUAUGAUGCGGAUGAACUGUUGAAUAAAGCCCACAGACAAGAUAUUAAAGAUCAGCUAAGGGCGAAUACUGACAGAGCCAUUAGUGUGGGAGUUUGCGGUGUUCCUAGUUAUCAGGUCGAUGGUGGUGCUGUGAUCUGGGGUCAAGAUCGCCUAAACAUUGUUGCAGACUUACUCUGUGGUUGGAAGGAUCCAGUGCAGCAAUGCAACAGCAAGUUGUAGAAACAAUUUUACAGAGAAUAUACACCAAAAUGAUGCCGUUGUAUAAUUAAUUUGAACAUAGAAACAGAUUAUAUAUAGUAGUGGAAGAAGAGUUCAGUAUAUACGAUCCUAAAAUUUUAAAUGUUAAAAAUCGUUCUUUUAUAGUCACUCAUCACAGAUGUACCAUGCCGUAAAUGUCCUUGAAUUUCCGUGCAUAUAGAACUAAUAUAACUUCCAUAAUUUCCAUCUGGUAUAACAAUCUAUAGCAAAUGAUGUUUGCGGAGUAUAUAGAAGUGUACUCAGCUGUAUAAAAUACCAUUUUUGGUGCAAAGUUUUAAUUUAGUUUUAAGUUCUAAUUUAAAUAUCCCUCAGGCUUCUUCCAAGGUUGCAAUAAAGUA